CUAAAACAAGGGAUUUUCUUGUUUCUACUACCCAAAAAAAAAAAAACAAAAAAAUUUUUUUUGCUGCUUUUAGUAACAUUCAUGCAAAAGUUGUACUCGGAAAAAAGAAUAUGACAUUGGAUCUGAAAUCUGCAGUAGUAAUCAUCCCCAAAGAAAGCUCAUAUGCUCUCAACUGGUCUGGUCAAAAAUUAAACAAGCACGAGAACCAAUGGGUGACAGCUGAGAGUCCAAGAGUGCCGCAAGGUCACAAGCAAUGUGAACUGUGAAGACAGGUUUAGAUGCUAAAAGAAGUAUUUACCAAUGGCAGAGUAGUUAUAUAUAUAUAUAUAUAUAUUGCUCCUGUUUUUAGAUUAUAAAGCUCUUUUGAAUAAGUAUUCCUAAAAAUGAGGGAUCCAUUGGCGAGAAUUCGUUAUUUAAACAAACUGAUCUUGUCCAUGGGGAACUAAGAAGAGCGGUUAAACAGUUUCAUCGAGUGGCCAUGCAACUUCUCCUUGAAAACAUUGAGUGGUCGAUUUCCUAAAUAUGGCUCAUAAACAGAAUUACAUCUCAGAGCUCUAUCCGUGAAACCUUCCCUAUAAACCCACUCCCCCAGACUUGUCCAAAAGUCAUGUCGCCAAAGAAAUCUCCUCUACAAAAUAUAACAUAAACAUUUUCUCUCCUUUCAUCCUGCAAGAAAACCAACCAAUUCUAUUGAAAAACACAACAUGAAGCUCAUUUCUAGCUUUUCGAUACCCAUACUUCUUUUCCUCUUUCUUGCUAAAUUCCAAGAAACAAAUGCAAAAGGGUUGAUCAGCAAAGCCUGCGAGAGUUCAAUUCACAAGGACCUGUGCAAAGCCACUCUCAAAGCAGACCCUAGUUGCAAAAGGGCUAGUAUGGAUGCUCUGGCCAAUAUAGCUUUGAAAGCUGCAUUAGAAAAUGGCACCGCUAUGCAAAAUGAGAUUGAAACAUUGCUCAAGUCGAGAUCAGGUACAACCCUUGAGAGUGCACUGAAAGAUUGCAAAGAGAAUUUCAAGAACGCAGUUUCCCAACUUAAGAAUUCCAAACAAGCGAUUGAAAACAAACGCUACAACGAUGUCAAUACAUGGGUGACGGCGGCCAUGAACGAUGCAGAGUCAUGCGACGAAGGGUUCAAAGAUGCAGACAAGCAGUCCCCUAUAUACAAAAUGAAUACAGUUUUUGGCCAGCUUUGCAGCAAUGUCUUGGCCAUUACGAAUAAGGCUGCAGCUGCUACAACUGAUUCUAGUGCUCAGGGGGGUCAAGCAGCUCAAGGAGCUCAAGGGGUUGGUGGUCAAGGAGCGCAAGUGGGGCAAGACUAUACUAAACAAGGUAAGUCUGCUGGUUCUAUAGGCAAAGGGAACAACGUACGAGCCCCUGAUUUAAAAGGGCCUAUUACACUUGAGCAUGCAAGAAUUGCACUAAAAGCUGCAUUAGAGGGAGCUGAAACGGCAUCCAAUGAAAUUGUUGAGUUGCACAGUACAAGAGCUGGCACAUCCUUUGAGUCUGCGCUGAAAGAUUGCAAAGAGAACUACAAAAAUGUACUUUCUCAACUCAAGAGAUCACUGGAAGCAUUAGAAAAUCAACGCUACAACGAUGUCAAUGCAUGGGUAACAGCGGCCAUGAACGAUGCAGAGUCAUGUGAAGAUGGGUUCAAAGAUGAAGGAAAGGAUUCCCUUACAAUAAGUAUCAGUAUCGACUUAGGCAAACUCUGCAGCAGUGUCUUGGCCAUUACCAAUAAGUUGGCUGCUUCUAAAGCAGACUCUGAUUAUACAAGUCAAGCGGGCAAGGUACAUCAUGAAACAGUAGUUACGGGGUCAACUGUGAAACAACAUCCUCCUUCUCAUGGUUCUCUUACGGAUUAUCAAGCCAAAACUGCUCUAAAAGCUGCAUUAGUGCCAAUCAGGUACAGAAAGAAAUCAAUCAAUUGGCGGCAUCCAAAGCAGGAACGUCUCUAGAAAAUGUGCUGAAAGAUUGCAAAGAGAACUAUGAUGAUGCAGUUUCCCAACUUACCAACAGCAAUGAAGCCUUGGCAAAUAAACGCUACAAGGAUGUUAGUGCAUGGGUUACGGCAGCCUUGAACGAC